AUGAGUUUCGUACCCGUUAACCCGCGGCCCAUGCUGCAAGACCUGUACGUUUCCUCCUUUCCUCCCUCCCCUCCUCCCGAGCAGCAGUACAACUCUCGACAAGAGCCAAUCGCCGUCAACAAGGACAUCGUCGUGCGCCUGAAGUGGGGCGAAACCGAGUACCACGGGCGCCUCGUCAGCUCCGACAGCUACAUGAACAUCCAGCUGACCAACGCCCAAGAGUUCAUCGACCAGAAGUUCACCAGCGACUUGGGCCAAAUCUUGAUCCGAUGUAACAACGUGCUAUGGAUCAAGGCCGCCGACCAAGGCGACAGCGGCGACGUCAAGAUGGGCGGAUAG